AUGCUCUCCACCGCCCUCGCCGUCCUCCUCGCCGCGCUCGCCAGCACGACCAGCGCCAUCUCGGUCAACACGCCCAGCGACCUCACGUCCGGCGGGCCAGCGACCAUCACGUGGACGAGCGCCUCCGACGACCCCGUCUUCUCCAUCGAGCUGCUCCAUCCGAACUUCAACGAGGCGCUCGCCAUCGCGAACAACGUCGACCCCGCGAACAACACGAUCACGGUGACACUGCCGCCCGUCGAGGCUGGCGACGGGUACACGAUCGAGUUUGUCAACAUCACGAACAUCAACGACGUCUUCGCGACGAGCAGCAGCUUCAGCAUCGCCCCCGCCGCCAGCGCGUCCAGCGCGCCGAGCGCGAGCGGCAGCGGCAGCGGGCCUGCUGCGUCGGGCGGUGCGGGCGCAUCCGGCUCCAACUCCGGCGCGGCGUCCGUCACGAGCCCCGGGCCCGGAUCCUCACCGUCGCGCUCUGUCUCCGGCAGCGGUGCGCCGUCGACGUCGCCCAGCGGCGGCGCCCCGUCCUCCGCAUUGGGCCUGCGCGUGCAUGGGUCGGCCGCUGCUGUUCUUGGCGCAGUCGCUGUUGCGAUGGCGCUGUUGUAG